CUGCUCUGGGGUUCAGAAGCAGUGUGGCAGGCAACUGAAGGCAAAUGAAGAGCCCUGCCCCUGCCCACAUGUGGAACAUUGUGCUGCUCUUGCCCUCACUGUUGGCUGUGCUUCAGACCACUACUGGCGAGAAGAAUGGCAUCGAUAUCUACAGCCUCACAGUGGACUCCCGGGUCUCUUCCCGAUUUGCUCAUACUGUUGUCACCAGCCGGGUGGUCAACAGAGCCGAUGCUGUCCAAGAAGCGACCUUCCAAGUAGAGCUACCCAGGAAAGCCUUCAUCACCAACUUCUCCAUGAUCAUUGAUGGCGUGACCUACCCAGGGGUUGUCAAAGAAAAGGCUGAAGCACAGGAGCAAUACAGUGCUGCUGUGGGCCGGGGCGAGAGCGCCGGCCUCGUCAAGACCACUGGGAGACAGACAGAGCAGUUUGAAGUGUCAGUCAACGUAGCCCCUGGUUCCAAGACUACCUUUGAACUCAUAUACCAGGAACUGCUCCAAAGGCGACUGGGAAUGUAUGAGCUACUCCUCAAAGUGAGGCCUCAGCAGCUGGUGAAGCACCUUCAGAUGGAUGUCUACAUCUUUGAGCCUCAGGGUAUCAGCAUCCUGGAGACAGAGAGCACCUUCAUGACCCAGGAGCUGUCAAAUGCCCUUACCACUUCACAGAACAAGACCAAGGCACAUAUCCGGUUCAAGCCAACACUCUCCCAGCAACAGAAGUCUCAAAAUGAGCAGGACACGGUGCUGGAUGGGGACUUCAUUGUCCGCUAUGAUGUGAACCGGUCUGUCUCUGGGGGCUCCAUUCAGAUUGAGAACGGCUACUUUGUGCACCACUUUGCCCCAGAGGACCUUCCUACAAUGUCCAAGAAUGUGCUUUUUGUCAUUGACAAAAGCGGAUCUAUGUCAGGCAGGAAAAUCCAGCAGACCCGAGAAGCCCUAAUCAAGAUCUUGAAAGACCUCAGCCCCCAAGACCAGUUCAACCUCAUUGUAUUCAGUGGGGAAGCAAACCAAUGGAAGCAGUCGCUGGUGCAAGCGACAGAAGAAAACUUGAAGGAGGCUGUAGACUAUGCCUCCAAGAUUCAUGCUCAGGGAGGAACCAACAUCAAUAAUGCAGUGCUCUUGGCUGUGGAACUGCUGGAUAGAAGCAACCAGGCUGAACUACUGCCCUCGAAGAGUGUCUCCCUUAUCAUCCUGCUCACGGACGGCGAACCCACUGUGGGGGAGACCAAUCCUACGAUUAUCCAGAACAACAUACAGAACGCCAUCAAUGGGCAGUAUAGCCUCUUCUGCCUGGGGUUUGGCUUUGAUGUGCACUAUCCUUUCCUGGAGAAGCUGGCACUAGACAAUGGUGGCCUGGCCCGGCGCAUCUAUGAGGACUCAGACUCUGCACUACAGCUUCAGGACUUCUACCAGGAAGUAGCCAAUCCACUGCUAUUAUCGGUGGCCUUUGAAUACCCCAAUGAUGCUGUGGAGGAUGUCACUCGGUACAACUUCCAACACCACUUUAAGGGCUCAGAGAUGGUGGUAGCUGGGAAGCUCCAGGACCAGGGCCUUGAUGUCCUCUUAGCCAAAGUCAGUGGGCAGAUGCACAUGCAAAACGUCACUUUCCAAAUGGAGGCCAGUGUAGCCCAACAAGAGAAGGAGUUCCAGAGCCUCAAGUACAUCUUUCACAACUUUAUGGAGAGGAUCUGGGCAUUGCUGACCAUACAGCAACAGCUAGAGCAGAGGAUUUCAGCGUCAGGUGCCGAAUUAGAGGCCCUUGAGGCCCAAAUUCUGAACUUGUCACUCAAGUACAAUUUUGUCACCCCUCUCACACACAUGGUGGUCACCAAACCUGAAGGUCAAGAACAAUUUCAAGUUGCCGAGAAGCCUGUGGAAGUCGAUGACGGAGUGCGGAGACUCCUCUUAGCAGCUCAAGACUAUCGAUUCAAGACUCCUACCAGCAGAUCUAAACUGAUUACCAUGCUGAAAGUAGGAAGUAGGCUCCAGAAGACGCCCAGACUCGGUGAUGCCUUUGUUACAUCUAGACAACACAUUUCUCCUGGACUUCCUGGACCUCCUGGACUUCCUGGACCUCCUGGACCUCCUCAUUUCGCUUCUGGCUUUGACUUCAGCCAGCAGCCUUCCUUUGCAAGGAUGCUAAAUCCACCAUCCUUAGAUCCCGUCGGCCCAAGACUAGCUAUGUUACCAGACAUGGAGGAAACCGAUAAAGAAAGCACCAUACCAGAAGAAUCCCCAAACCCAGCCCACCCCCAGGUUCAUACUGUCAUCUUGCCGCUUCUGGGAUCCAGUGUGGACCAGCUCUGUGUGGAUAUCUUACAUUCUGAGAAGCCCAUGAAGCUGUUUGUAGACCCCAGUCAGGGGCUGGAGGUGACUGGUAAGUAUGAGAAUACUGGGUUCUCCUGGAUCGAAGUGACCAUCCAGAAGCCUCACCUGCUGGUCCAUGCAACUCCUGAACGAUUAGUGGUGACACGGGGCCGAAAAAACUCUGAAUACAAGUGGAAGAGGACACUGUUCUCUGUGUUACCUGGCUUGAAGAUGACCAUGGAUAAGAUGGGACUCCUACAGCUCAGUGGCCCAGACAAAGUCACCAUUGGCCUCUUGUCUCUGGAUGAUCCUCAGAGAGGACUGAUGCUGCUUUUGAAUGACACCCAACACUUCUCCAACAACAUUAAAGGGGAGCUUGGUCUGUUUUACCGGGAUAUUGUCUGGGAUCCACCUGUUGGGCCAGAUAAUACAAGACGGGUAGUCAGAGUUCAAGGAGUCGGCUACCUAGCUACCAGAGAGAUCAAGUUGAGUUACCAAGAAGGGCUCCCAGGAAAAGAGAUUUCCUGCUGGACGGUGACGAUAUAAAACUGUUAGGAGCACCACUCCCUGCCAUGCUGUCCUCGUGUGCAGGCGAAUGACACUGUAUACCACCAGGGCCACCUGCCACCAGGGCCACCUGCCACCAGGGCCACCUGCCACCAGGGCUACCUGCCACCAGGGCCACCUGCCACCAGGGCCACCUGCCACCAGGGCUACCUGCGAGGCCGAGACCUUCAUAGGGAAGAGGAUGCUCCCUUGUUACAAAUAAAGAAAGGCGGUGUGAACCCAG